AUGGCUUCAUCACAUGGAUCUCUUUUGCCAAUUGAGAAACUUGAAGGUAUGGCAAACUACAACAACUGGAAAUUUGCGAUGCAAAUGUAUCUUAUUCAUGAAGAUCUGUGGGAAUAUGUGUCAACGGAAGUACAAGGUCCUGAUCCAAAGAAGGAUGAUAGGGCAAAAGCCAAAAUGUGUCUUAUGGUACAGCCGUCAGGUUAUUCGUAUGUAAGAAAUGCCUCGUCAGCCAAAGUAGCAUGGGAUAACUUGGCUAAAGCUUUUGAAGAUAAAGGACUAUCAAGAAGGUUGAGUUUACUCAGGAACCUGUUCUCAAUAACACUUUCCAAUUUUUCAAAUAUGGAAGAGAACGUUUCUGAGGUCAUGUCUUUAACUCAAAAACUGAAUGACAUAAAUGCAUCUCUAGAAGAUGAAUUUGUUGGUGUUAUCCUCCUAAAUGGAUUACCUGCAGAAUAUAACCCUAUGGUCAUGGCGCUUGAAAAUUCCAAUCAGAAAAUAUCAAGUGUAUUGGAGCGAGCAGUUCGUGUUCAACGUCCACGCUCGCAGCAUCUUCCCCUGCGACGUCCACAACGGCGGCGUGGCCGUCCUGUUCCAAUACCCCUCCUGCAUCCUGGCCACCGGGGACCGAGUGCGCCUGUUCGGCAGGCUGCGCUGGAACGUGGCCAGCCUGGCCCCUCCCACCUCCCUGGAGUACGUGGCGGAGCAGCGCGUCGUCAGGGGGCAGCACAGCAUGCACUUCGACUGUGAUCUGUUCACCGAGAAGUACGUGGAGUACUGCUUCGUGUACGUCAGCCAGGCCAUCAGCGGGGCAGUGGCUGAUGUCCGGAUGGACUGCGUACCGACGUUACCCGCCACAGAACAAGAAAGCGGUGGGUGGGGUCCCUGGAGCGAUUGGACGCCUUGCUCAACCACCUGCAUCGGGGGAACGAGAAGUCGUUACCGCUUCUGCGAUUCGCCACCCCCUAGAUAUGGCGCCAAGUUUUGCGAGGGCAAAACGGUGGAGACGGAACGAUGCGGCACGGGCAUCGGCGGCAGCUGGGAGUGCUUCCUGGGCGGCGGCCUGACCGGCGAGCUGGCGGCGGAGGUGCCCGAGGUAAAGGCGGAGGUGGGGCCGUACUGCCGGUGCGGGUGCGUCGUGCACCUGGGAGCGGCCAAGCCAAGGCGGCUGCUGGCGACUACGGCGCAGAGUUGCCCGGGGCGGACCUUCUGGCUGAUCCAGGCGGAUGAGGGCUAUCUGAUCCGCUUCAGGGUGGACCAAUUCCGAUCGACGUGCGGCACGCAGUCGCUCAAAGUUCGUGACGGCAACGCUCUCUCCGCCGACCUGUUGGCCGACCUGAGCGACGCCGUCGAGACGGGGCCGGCUGUCGUCAACUCGACCGGUUCGAACUUGCUGCUGGAGUUCUACUCGGAGGGGGUCAGCAGUAGCGGAAAAGCGUGCGUGGGAGGGUUCGUGGCGGAAACUUCACAGAUUAGGUCAAUAAAAAACAAUAUCAAGACCAUCUCGGUCGCUCAAAGUGUCGGGGUCAUUCCAGCAGUCGUCUUGAAACUAACUGCAGUCCACAUCGCCGCCAUAUUUUUCCUCAGCGGGCUAAUAAUCGCAACAGCCCUUCUUGGAGCCCAGUAUCUCUUUAGAUACCGUAAAUACCACAUUGCGAGAGCUGAAGAUCAGGAUUCAUUGGCAGAUGCAACAGGUUCUACCUCUAGCCUUCCGUUGACGACUAGGGCUGCAUCUAGCGCUACUCUACUCUCUGAAGUGAUCUCCAUGACCAGAAUUCGACCGAACAGAAACAAGCACAUCCGGUUGAGAGAAUCGAUGGAAUGCGAAACUUCGAGAAGUGAAAAUGAAGUGACGUUGGCAAAAGAAGAAGAAUCUUUGAGCGUGAGCAGCACCGCAACCUUGACGCAACCAGGUGUCACGACCGCUGCUGACGACGAAGCCAACGAGAAUAAAACCGAAGACCCCACCUCCACUUCGAGCCUCCCCACUUCCCCCCAAAGCAACGACUACCCCACGCUGAAGAGGUCCUCCACGAUGACGAGCGAGAAGGACGCAUCGACGGAGAAGGAGAAGGGGGUGAAGCUGUCCAGGAGGGAUGCGUUGAGAAGGCUCAGUAACGUCAGUAAUAUCACUUUGACCCAUGGCUGCUAUUCAUCAGCUGGUAGCAUGAUUAGUAGAGCAACAAUUGUGAGUACAAAUAAUGCAAAAGAGAAAAAGGACAAGAAGAAUCGAGAAAAGUUAUUGGCGGGACCAACUGGCUCAGAAUUUUCUAUAGCUGCGCAGGAUACCGAUUUGGAAAUGGACUACUAUGACUACAAUGUUGUCAAUGCUGGGGCUGCUCCAGGAUCAUAUUUAGGCAUGGAUCCUGCAUUCUUAGUAUGGAUUCCGCCACUAGAUGAAGGUGGCGAAAUUCUCCCAGACGAUGGUCACGAAUAUCAUGAAAUGGAAGAUAUAAGACCCAAAAUCUACAUCGAUCCAGGUAGCAAUAAAGAGUCCCCCGAAGAAGAAAUGUUAAUACCAAGACCUCGAGCUAUAUCCAUCGGCGAGAGCACCUCGAAAUGCUCUCCAAUCCUGAGAGCCAAGAAUAAAAAAGUGCAUCCUUCUAGGGGGGAUGUCGUUGAUAAUAAAUACAUCCACGAAGUAGAGCCAUUAGUUCACGGUAAUAAAGUUGUGAGCAUACAGCUGCACGAUUUUCCUAAGAGAUUGAGAACGUCAUCGAAGUUUUCGGAAAAAGAAGAAGAAAAGGAAACCAAGGUUGAGAAAUCGCCUAGUCUCGACGGUGAUUAUCUGGAUGAUAUCAAAUUUGCUGACGAAGAAGAAGACUUAUCAGAAACCCAGUGCAAUAUAGGUGUAUCAUAUCAAGAUUCGAAUAUAUUAUCUUCUAGUUAAGACUGAUGCGAGAAUUUUAUCAAAAAGUUGAAUAAGUAAGGGCAUUAAGAUAUAUAAACUUAUAUCAGAGAACCUCAGGGUAUAACUUUUGAAUUGCCAAAGAGUUGAAUGAGACUGAAUGUUACUGAUUGAAUGAUUACUAUGUUGACAGGAAACGGUUGAAGUACUUAAUUGGAGCUAGUCAAGAAUUGAUUAAAUGUAAACCAAAGUUGAUAAUAAUUGUGGAUAUAUAAAGGUAGUUUGUAGGCUAUUAGUUGUUUUGUAUUCCCAAAAGAGGGUAGGUUGCACUAUGGGUCUUGAUGGGAAAAAAAUCAAUAUUGAUAAAAACUAUCGAACCAAAUAAUUGUGAGAGGAGAUUUUUUUUCCACCAAGCUAAAAAUGAUUAGGCACCACGACAUUGCGGUCCAUUACUCGUAUAUACUCAGCAAAGAAUAAAUAUAGGUAUUUCAUGCAUUACGUUAGUAAAGAUAACAAAUAUCAAAAAAAUAUGUUUGAAAAAACAACGGUAUGUGCGAUUGCUGUUUCUACAUGAUCACAGUAGUUAUAUUAUUCAUCUCAUGUUCUCCAAUGGACAAAUGGCGAAAGUAGUUCAAUUGUUUUAUGGUUCCUUGUAUAAAAUUAUUUUUCGUUAUUCUUAUAUUAAAGAGCUAUUUAUUGAAUAUAAUUGAUUUAAGGAUUUUGGUAAAUGUAUUUAUUGCAAAAAUAAAUGAUAAGCAA